AUGAUUCAACCCAGAACUACAGCAGAAGACACAAAAGAGAUGCUCACCAGAACUGUCAUGAUGAGCCAGCACAGUAUCAGACAAACAACACUGGAAACAGCAGCUGCAGCAGCUGAACAAUGGGACAAAAGGCCCAAGCUCACAGCUAGGCCCUACAACCGCUUCUUCACAAGGGCUGUUGGCAACAAAAGAAAACCGAUUGGGAAAAUGAGGAACUGGAAAAUUCCAAUACUCUUCUUCGUAUGCAGUUUCCUAGGACCCUGGGCAUCCGCGACUGUCAAGCGUCUCCCGAGAUUUCCUGUCUAUUCAAAUUCUAAUGAUGGAAAUGAACUCUGUCCAAAGGUCAGGAUUGGCCAAGAUGAUUUACCAGGGUUUGACUUGAUAUCUCAGUUCCAGAUAGAUAAGGCAGCUUCCAGAAGAGCAAUCCAGAGAGUAGUAGGAUCAACUCCAUUGCAAGUGGCUUACAAAUUGGGAAACAAUGUAGAUUUCAGGAUUCCAACCAGGCAUUUAUAUCCCAGUGGACUACCUGAAGAAUACUCCUUUUUAACUACUUUUCGGAUGACUGGAAGCACACUUGAAAAGAACUGGAGCAUUUGGCAGAUUCAGGAUUCCUCAGGGAAGGAGCAAGUUGGCGUGAAGAUAAAUGGUCAAACAAAAUCUGUUGCAUUUUCAUACAAGGGACAGGAUGGAAGUCUCCAAACCGCAGCCUUUUCGAAUUUACCCUCCUUGUUUGAUUCCCAGUGGCAUAAGAUUAUGAUUGGCGUAGAAAGGAGUAGUGCUACUCUUUUUGUUGAUUGCAUCAGGAUCGAAUCAUUGCCUAUAAAACCAAGAGGCCAAAUCAAUGUCAAUGGCUUUGCUGUGCUGGGAAAACUUGUGGAAAAUCCUCAAGUUUCUGUUCCGUUUGAGCUUCAGUGGAUGCUGAUCCAUUGUGACCCUCUGCGACCCAGGAGAGAAACUUGCCAUGAACUGCCAGCCAGGAUAACGCCCAGCCAGACUACCGACGAGAGAGGCCCUCCUGGGGAGCAGGGUCCUCCUGGGCCCCCAGGUCCUCCAGGAGUUCCAGGCAUUGAUGGCAUCGAUGGUGACCGAGGUCCAAAGGGUCCCCCAGGCCCCCUGGGUCCUCCAGGGGAAUCAGGAAAACCAGGAGCUCCAGGCAAGCCCGGCACACCAGGAUCCGAUGGAUUAACUGGACCUGAUGGGUCCCCUGGUUCUAUUGGGCCAAGAGGACAAAAGGGAGAGCCUGGUGUGCCAGGAUCGCGUGGUUUUCCAGGUCGUGGUAUUCCUGGACCUCCUGGUCCACCUGGGGCAGCAGGACUCCCUGGAGAACUUGGCCGUGUUGGACCAAUUGGUGACCCUGGGAGAAGAGGACCACCUGGCCCCCCUGGCCCUCCAGGACCCAGUGGAACAAUUGGCUUUCAUGAUGGAGAUCCGUUGUGUCCCAAUUCCUGCCCACCAGGUCACUCAGGAUAUCCAGGCCUACCAGGCAUGCGGGGUCAGAAAGGUGCUAAAGGAGAAAUUGGGGAACCUGGAAGACAAGGUCACAAGGGUGAAGAAGGUGACCAGGGCGAACUGGGAGAAGUUGGAGCUCAAGGCCCUCCAGGAGCUCAAGGAUUGAGAGGAAUCACUGGUGUAGUUGGAGCCAAAGGGGAAAAAGGUUCUCGGGGCUUAGAUGGAGACCCUGGGCCUCGAGGCAUUCCUGGUGCACCUGGUGAUCAAGGACAGCGGGGACCUCCAGGAGAAGCAGGUCCCAAGGGAGAAAGAGGGGCUCAAGGUUCUCCAGGAAUUCCUGGCCUCCCUGGAUCUAAAGGAGACACAGGCUUGCCAGGCGUGGAUGGCCGUGAUGGGAUACCUGGAAUGCCCGGAAUGAAGGGUGAAUUAGGGAAACCUGGACCUCCCGGUGAUGCAGGAUUGCAGGGUAUGCCUGGUGUUCCCGGGAUUCCUGGUGCAAAGGGUAUUACUGGUGAAAAGGGUAACACGGGUGCUCCAGGGAAGCCUGGCCAACUAGGGAAUUCAGGCAAGCCGGGACAGCAGGGACCUCCAGGAGAGGUGGGACCCCGAGGACCCCGGGGGCUUCCUGGCAGUAGAGGAGAAAUAGGACCCAUUGGACCCCCGGGUUUACCGGGUAAACUGGGUUCUGUUGGUAGCCCUGGACUCCCUGGCUUGCCUGGACCUCCUGGACUCCCUGGAAUGAAAGGUGACCGGGGUGUAGUUGGUGAACCUGGUCCAAAGGGUGAACAGGGUGCCUCUGGUGAAGAAGGUGAAACAGGAGAAAGGGGUGAAUUGGGAGAUAUAGGAUUACCUGGCCCAAAGGGAUCUGUGGGUAACCCUGGGGAGCCUGGCUUGAGGGGGCCUGAAGGAAGUCGGGGGCUUCCUGGAAUGGAAGGACCCAGAGGACCACCUGGACCUCGAGGUGUGCAGGGGGAGCAGGGCGCCACGGGCCUGCCUGGGAUCCAGGGUGCUCCGGGUCGAGCACCAACAGAUCAGCACAUCAAGCAGGUUUGCAUGAGAGUCAUGCAAGAGCAUCUUGCUGAAAUGGCUGCUAGUCUCAAGCGUCCAGACUCUGGUGCUUCUGGCCUCCCUGGGAGGCCUGGACCUCCUGGUCCCCCUGGACCUCCUGGAGAAAAUGGUUUCCCAGGCCAGAUGGGACUUCGUGGCCUCCCGGGCAUUAAAGGCCCUCCUGGUGCUCUUGGCUUGAAAGGGCCUAAAGGUGACAUGGGAGAAAGAGGGGAUCGUGGCCCUCCAGGAAGAGGUCCCAAAGGUUUGCCAGGAGCUAUAGGUCUCCCAGGUGACCCGGGUCCUGCCAGCUAUGGAAGGAAUGGCCGUGAUGGCCAGCGAGGCCCUCCAGGGGUGGCAGGAAUUCCUGGUGUGCCUGGCCCACCGGGUCCUCCUGGUCCCCCUGGUUUCUGCGAGCCAGCCUCCUGCACAGUGCAGGGCGGCCAGCGAGCAUUUAGCAAAGGACCCGAUCAGUGAGCAGCUUCCUGCAGCCAAGCCGUCUGCAUAAACCACUCCUGGCAAAGGCGCUUGGAGGAGAAACACCACCCGAAGCUGAAGCAGAAGACAACCAUGUAUUACCUUCAACAUUAAUAUAGAAUCAGAGCAAUGGUGCUAUUCAGAAAAUCCUUUUUCCUUUCCCUGGAGGGGAGAAAGCAGGGUCACUGGUUAAAACACAAACAAAAAAUCCUCAUUUUAAAUAAAUUUAUAAUCCUGUCCCCAGAAUCUUAAACUUUAAUAUGCUAGCGAUAUGUGAUAUAGAGUGGCCUCUGUGCCAAUAAAAAUACCCCCAAAUACCAACUGUUUGGUUUACCUCAGUUAUUUUCAUUUUUUAUUUGCAUGUUAUUCUCAAGUUAUUGUUUCAGUUGUAUAGAGAUUACCAGUUUGCUGAAACCCCACUAUGUCAAUAGAAUUGGUGCUGAAGCCCCCUACUGUGUGCCCCAGGAGUGGCUUCCUCACAUGGCCUGUUGUUUUUCAAUGUCAGUCAGCCUGACUUUUUUUGUUGAACUGUACUCUUUCCAAAAUCUGUUAAUAUUUUGAGCUCUGUGUUAAAGCAAAGAAGGAAUUUUCAUAUCCUGCCACUCGUGGGCUUUAUUGAUGUGAUUAUUUAUUUUAAAGGUUUGAGGUAACAUCUCUGGUUGUACCAAAGAAGAAAUAAAUAUGGUUUCUUAAUC